GGGGCGGGGCUGAGGGGGGCGGGCCUGGACCUGGGGAGUGAAGGAGAAAGCCGGGGCGGCUAGCCGGAGACCGGAGGUUUAGUAACUGGGAGCAGCAUGGCCAAGCCUUGUGGGGUGCGCUUGAGCGGGGAGGCCCGCAAACAGGUGGAUGUCUUCAGACAAAAUCUUUUCCAAGAGGCUGAGGAAUUCCUCUACAGAUUUUUGCCUCAGAAAAUCAUAUACUUGAAUCAGCUCUUGCAAGAGGACUCCCUCAAUGUGGCUGACCUGACCUCCCUCCGGGCCCCACUGGACAUUCCCAUCCCAGAUCCCCCACCCAAGGAUGAUGAGAUGGAAACAGAUAAACAGGAGAAGAAAGAAGUCCCUAAGUGUGGCUUUCUUCCUGGCAAUGAGAAGCUCCUGGCUUUGCUUGCCCUGGUUAAGCCAGAAGUCUGGACUCUCAAAGAGAAGUGCAUUCUGGUGAUCACAUGGAUCCAGCACCUGAUCCCCAAGAUUGAGGAUGGAAAUGAUUUUGGAGUAGCAAUCCAGGAGAAGGUGCUGGAGAGGGUGAAUGCAGUCAAGACCAAAGUAGAAGCCUUCCAGACAACCAUUUCCAAGUACUUCUCAGAACGUGGGGAUGCUGUGGCCAAGGCUUCGAAGGAGACCCAUGUAAUGGAUUACCGGGCCUUGGUGCACGAGCGAGAUGAGGCCGCCUAUGGGAUGCUCAGGGCUAUGGUGCUGGACCUGAGGGCCUUCUAUGCUGAGCUUUAUCACAUUAUCAGCAGCAACCUGGAGAAAAUUGUCAAUCCAAAGGGUGAAGAGAAGCCGUCUAUGUACUGAGCCCAGGGCUAGAAGGAAAAUAAAUGACUUAUACUUUUA